CUCUCUGCUCUGCCUGGCCUGUUUCUACGUCUAUGCAAACGCCCCGCUCUUCCAAUAAAUGCUCCAGUCUGGCCCCCUAUCCUUCUCCAUUAGGCUAGCUCCUUUAUGCAUGCAAUCGAGCCCAGCGUCACUGCUGUCGGCCGCUAGCCGCAUGCUGGCGCCUGUCUGUCUGGCGGUCGCGAGAUGCCCAAUAGCUCGAGUUGAUGGAUAGCGGAACGUAGUUACUAAGCUGGACUCGGAGCCGCGGAUGUAGAACUAGAGACCUGGACACUGCAUUGCCUGACGGGAUCUCAAGACUUUGCCAGCCUUCCCACACCAAGCCUCAUCAGCGACAGCGUCGGUGCCAGCAGAGUAUUCCCGCCUUCCCCCGCGUCUACGGAAGAACGGAGGCGGCCCGGUCCGCGUAGGGAGCGGUUUCCCGCCGGGGCGAUUUGGCAGGUGCGCGCCGUGACUUCCGGCGUUGUCCCGGAGCCGCCGGAGGAGGAGCGGCGCAGGGGAUGCGGCUGUGGCGGCGGCGGCGGCGGCCGAGCGCAGGAGGCGGCUGUGGCGGCGGCUGGGGGCGCGGGCCGGCGAUGGCGCGGCGGCGCUGAGGGAAAGGGUGGGCGGCGGCCGGAGGGCGGGCGGCGCGGGAGGAAGCAGCGGCGGCUCCAUGGCCCAGGCGUGCUGAGGGACACCGCUCUGGCUUCAGCCCGGCAGCGGCCGAACAAUGAAGCUCUUGAAGCCAACCUGGGUCAACCACAAUGGGAAGCCGAUUUUUUCAGUUGAUAUUCACCCUGAUGGGACCAAGUUUGCAACUGGAGGACAAGGGCAGGAUUCUGGGAAGGUUGUGAUCUGGAAUAUGUCUCCAGUCCUCCAGGAGGAUGACGAGAAGGAUGAAAAUAUUCCCAAGAUGCUUUGCCAGAUGGACAAUCACUUAGCAUGUGUGAACUGUGUGCGGUGGUCAAACAGUGGGAUGUAUUUAGCUUCUGGGGGAGAUGACAAACUGAUUAUGGUGUGGAAGCGGGCUACGUACAUUGGGCCCAGCACUGUGUUUGGCUCCAGUGGUAAGCUUGCCAAUGUGGAGCAAUGGCGGUGUGUCUCCAUCCUCCGGAGUCACUCAGGCGAUGUGAUGGAUGUAGCAUGGUCUCCCCACGACGCCUGGCUGGCCUCAUGCAGCGUGGAUAACACUGUCGUCAUUUGGAAUGCUGUGAAGUUCCCAGAAAUUCUUGCAACUCUGAGAGGUCAUUCUGGCUUAGUGAAAGGCUUGACUUGGGACCCCGUUGGUAAAUACAUUGCCUCUCAAGCUGAUGAUCGAAGUUUGAAGGUAUGGAGGACGCUGGACUGGCAGCUAGAGACUAGCAUCACCAAACCUUUUGAUGAGUGUGGAGGAACAACACAUGUGCUCCGGCUUAGUUGGUCACCAGAUGGCCAUUACCUGGUAUCUGCUCAUGCCAUGAAUAAUUCUGGCCCCACUGCUCAGAUCAUCGAAAGAGAGGGCUGGAAGACCAACAUGGACUUCGUGGGUCACCGGAAAGCUGUGACCGUUGUGAAAUUCAACCCAAAAAUCUUCAAGAAGAAGCAGAAGAAUGGAAGUUCUGCAAAGCCCAGCUGCCCAUACUGCUGCUGUGCUGUUGGCAGCAAAGACCGCUCACUCUCCGUUUGGCUCACAUGCUUGAAACGACCUCUGGUUGUCAUCCAUGAGCUGUUUGACAAGUCCAUCAUGGAUAUUUCCUGGACUCUGAAUGGGUUGGGUAUCCUGGUGUGCUCCAUGGACGGCUCUGUGGCGUUCCUUGAUUUCUCUCAGGAUGAACUCGGAGACCCCCUGAGUGAGGAGGAAAAGAGCCGAAUUCAUCAGUCCACCUAUGGCAAGAGCCUGGCAAUAAUGACUGAGGCCCAGCUUUCCACAGCUGUUAUUGAGAACCCUGAGAUGCUCAAGUACCAGCGGAGACAGCAACAGCAGCAGCUGGAUCAGAAGAACGCCACUACUAGGGAGACAAGCUCAGCAUCCUCAGUCACGGGUGUGGUCAAUGGGGAAAGUCUAGAAGAUAUCAGAAAGAAUCUUUUGAAGAAACAAGUGGAAACACGGACAGCAGAUGGUCGGAGGAGAAUCACGCCUCUUUGCAUAGCACAGCUGGACACUGGGGACUUCUCCACGGCAUUCUUCAACAGCAUCCCGCUCUCCAGCUCCCUCGCAGGCACCAUGCUCUCCUCUCCUAGUGGUCAGCAGCUACUGCCACUGGACUCCAGUACCCCUUCCUUCGGCGCCUCAAAGCCUUGCACAGAACCAGUGGCAGCCACCAGUGCCAGGCCUACAGGCGAGCCUGUCAGUAAGGACAGUAUGAAUGCUACCUCUACUCCUGCUGCAUUGUCACCCUCCGUGUUAACAACCCCAUCCAAGAUUGAACCCAUGAAAGCGUUUGAUUCCCGGUUCACAGAGCGGUCCAAAGCCACCCCAGGUGCUCCAUCCUUGACCAGUGUGAUUCCAACGGCUGUUGAAAGGUUGAAAGAGCAGAACCUCGUCAGGGAGCUGAGGUCCCGGGAGCUGGACAGUAGUAGUGACAGCGAUGAGAAGGUCCACCUGGCCAAGCCCUCCUCACUGUCCAAGCGCAAACUUGAGCUUGAGGUGGAGACGGUGGAGAAGAAGAAGAAAGGCCGCCCUAGGAAGGACUCCCGUCUUCUGCCCGUGUCUCUGUCCGUCCAGUCUCCAGCUGCCCUGUCUGCAGAGAAGGAGGCCAUGUGUCUGUCUGCACCAGCACUUGCACUGAAGCUGCCAAUUCCAGGCCCGCAGAGAGCAUUCACCCUCCAGGUGAGCUCUGACCCCUCCAUGUACAUUGAGGUGGAGAAUGAAGUGACCACUGUUGGGGGGAUAAGACUGAGUCGCCUGAAGUGCAACCGUGAAGGGAAGGAGUGGGAGACAGUGCUCAGCAGCCGUGUCCUCACUGCUGCCGGCAGCUGUGAUGUGGUAUGUGUUGCCUGUGAAAAGAGGAUGCUGUCGGUGUUCUCUACCUGUGGUCGCCGUCUCCUUCCCCCCAUCCUCCUUCCAUCUCCAAUUUCUACUUUGCACUGCACGGGCCCCUACGUCAUGGCACUCACCGCUGCAGCCACACUGUCUGUCUGGGAUGUUCACCGACAGGUGGUGGUGGUGAAAGAAGAGUCUCUACACUCCAUCUUGUCAGGAAGUGAUAUGACGGUGUCACAGAUCUUGCUAACACAGCAUGGAAUCCCAGUGAUGAAUUUGUCAGAUGGGAAAGCCUACUGUUUUAAUCCAUCCCUGUCUACAUGGAACCUGGUUUCUGACAAGCAAGAUUCACUGGCCCAGUGUGCAGACUUCAGGAACAGCCUGCCAUCCCAGGAUGCCAUGCUGUGUUCAGGACCAUUAGCCAUAAUUCAAGGCCGUACCUCCAACUCUGGAAGGCAAGCUGCCCGGCUCUUCUCUGUGCCUCACGUGGUGCAGCAGGAGAGCACCCUGGCCUACCUAGAGAGCCAGGUUGCUGCGGCACUCACUCUGCAGUCAAGCCACGAGUAUCGCCACUGGCUCCUCCUCUACGCUCGGUACCUCGUGAACGAAGGGUUUGAAUACCGCCUCCGGGAAAUAUGCCAGGACUUGCUGGGUCCAGUUCACUGCUCCACAGGAAGUCAGUGGGAGUCAACAGUAGUGGGUCUGCGGAAAAGAGAACUGCUGAAGGAACUGCUGCCAGUCAUCGGGCAGAAUCUUCGAUUCCAGCGCCUCUUUACUGAGUGCCAGGAACAACUGGACAUCCUGAGAGACAAGUAGCCUGCCCUGGCUUGCCCCAGCUGCUGCAAGGGCAGAGCCACACAGUUGCCACUGGCAGGUGCCCGGGGCUAGCCCCGCCUGUCAUGGUAGGAGUAGGAAGAGAGACCUUGGCAGGUGUGUUGUCCUGCACCAGCACUAGCCCAGUUCUCUGGGUGGACAUGGCCUAUAUCCCAGGCCUCGAUGACUCCGAAAGGGGGCAGCUUGUUCCUCCAUACAGGCCCAACUGUGGACUUGGGGCUGAAACUGGGGCUCUGGCUUGCUGCCCUGGGGCCAGCAGGGAUCUCUUGAGCCUGUCUCCAGCUCGGCCCCAAGGUAGAUGCUGGCUCCUGCCACUGCAGGUGCUGUGCUGCUUCAGCUAUAACGAAUGAGCCAUUUGUGAGAGCACGAGCCUGGGAUCGUUAGGGAUGAUGCAGUCUGCAAAUGGACCCGAAGCCUGUGUAAAAGCAAAGCUCUUCUGACACAUGGACUAUUUUUGUACUAGAAUUUGCUAACUUGGAAUAUGGAGUUUCUUUUGGUCGAUCAGGAUAUCCCUAUAAGUUACUUGGACAUUGGUCACUUAUAGGAAAUUUAAACUCUAAUUAUGACAGCUACACUGAAAAAAAUAAUUGUACUGAAAUUAACUUGUCUAUCUUCAUUUGGUUUAAUUUUUAAUGUUUGUAAAAAGAGAUACUUUGUGUGGGGGUGGGGUGGGACAAAGGGGAGGGCAAUUUCUUUUCUAAGUGUAAAAUAAAUGAACAUGCAUUGGAUACCAAA